CUAAUCUCGAAAGUAAUUAAUUCUACAAUUAAUAAAUUAAUUUAGUCUAAUAAUACCACACACAGAUCAUAAUUAAUCAUGUUAAAGAAUUAUUUCCAUUUUUGGGACAUAAUAACUAACAAAAUAUAUGUACAGCAUGUGGAAAGAAAAGCUUAUAUCAUAAAUUCAAAUAUAUAACAUAUAUAUAUAUAUAUAUACAAAUGCUAUUGGAAUUCAUCGAAAUUGAUCCGAGAUCAGAGGAGAUUUUAUAAUCGAUAUCCUCCUUCUUCUUCAACUGUUGUCUCAGUGUCCCUGUAUGGAAAGCACGUCCUUUAAUGCUUGUAUUUCUUAUUUAAAAUGAUACAAAUAUGAACAGAAACACUGGGGAGCGGGAUUAACUAUUCUCGUUUAUGUAACGUUUAUCAAUCUUUUGUUUGUUGAGAAUAUUUACUCAGAACCUUUGAGAAGAUCCCUCCCUAUAUUGGAUUAGAAAGAUAGAUAAAUAGAUAGAUAAUCUUGAAAUGAAAUCCACUGAUAAAAUUACAAAAUGGACAAUGAAAAAUUAAAGACUAAUAUAUCACAGAUCACCAGUAGUAGUGCAUCGAGUACAUCGAGUAAUCCGACUACUUCAACUGGUCAUAAAACUACGCCUUCCACCACAUCGACGACUAGCACCACUAAAUCGAUAGAUAGUGGUCUAUAUGAAAGACGUCGGAAUUGGCGUACACAUCAAAUGAAAUCAUGUAUGCCACCAUCGACAAAUUUCACAUUGAUUAAUCCGAUUAACGCUGGUGGAGGUAGAUAUAUUGAUAGUGGGACAAGGAUAACUGCAAGGAGAACAGAAUCGUUACAGAACAAAGAAAAUUGGUGGAGAAAGACAAUCAGUCAAUAUUCAGAAGGCCAUGCUACUACCCUGAACACCACCAGCACCAUGACCACCACUAUGAGGUGUACAGGAUAUUCUUCAUCACUACCACCACAACCAGCACCACCUUCUCCCCCGUCACCAUUAUCCCCUUCAACAUCCACGUCUUUCUCUUCAUAUUCACGCUAUUCUAUGCCCCCAUCGAUUGGUGGUGCUAGUUCGUCAAUAAAAUCAGCAGUUAUUCUUAGAAAGUCAUCUAUCCACAGACAGUCUUUUCUUUAUCGAUCGGCUACAAAUCCAGACACAUCAUUUGGUGAAUUGAGUUCAAUACAAUCGAAAUUGGUAAUGAAUAGUGAACCCAGUGUCUUAAUCACACCGUUUGCUCAAAUUCUAGCCAUUUUAAAUCGUGCAAGAGACUUCUUGUCCAGUUAUACUUCAAGUUCACCUUUGCAUUCAAAUAAUUCCAAUAUGUUUGAAAUGAGAUCGCCUAAAAAGAGUUCAGAAACUGAUGAAAAAUAUAUUGAUUAUCUGCAUCGAUUUGAUGUACAUUAUGUGAAUGAUCUAUUGAGUGAAUUCGAUUGGUGUCUUGAAGUAUUAGAGAGCCUGCAGUGUAAAUGUUCUGUGAGCAGUUUAACUCGAAUGAAGUUUCGUACUCUACUCAGUCAAGAAUUAGCUGCAUCAUUCAACCAACCAGAUAUUGACAUGAACAAAGAAUCUUCAAAGAAGACAUCAAACAUUUUUUCUUCUGCUGUUGCUGCUGCUGCUGCUACUUCUGCUGCUUUACCCCUUGGCAUUCAUGCAUCCGAUGAUUCUAAACCAAAAUCGUCAACGUCAUCUUCCUCAUCCGGAGAUCAAAUCGACUAUAAAAUCUCCAGUAAAAUGAGUCAAAUGCAACGACGUAAACAACAAUUCGCUAAGAAUUCAACUUCACAAGUUUGUGAAUAUAUUUGUAGAACAUUUCUUGAAGAAGAUGAUGAUGAGGUUGAGGUUGAGGUUGUUGGUCUUUCAGGAGAUACAACAAUGUCUUGGAAGUCAACAAGUGAAAAGUCUGUAUACAUAAAUAGUCCAAAGUUAAAGCUUCGAUUUGGUGAGAAACUUGAUGAAAUGAAUGAAAGUAAUGAGUCACCAGACUCACCAACAACAACUACUACUACAACAACAACACCAGCAGCAACAACAACAACAACUGAAACAAGAAGAAAAAGUUCCACGUCAUCACUGUUAACAACAGCAGUAGUGACAACUGAAGCUGGAACAGUAACCACGGUUAAAUCUACCUCUUCUUCAUCCCCACAAACUGGUUUUGUGGAUAUUUUAUCUUCAACUAUUCAGCUGAUCACAUUGAAUGUUGAAUUAAUUGAUAAUUCAAAAGUUGAGAAGUUCAUCAGAGAUAAUCAAUCGACUCUGGCACCAGAUUUAUUUCAGUUAGACCAGAUUUCUAAUCAUCAUCCUUUGAGUACACUUGGAUUUUAUUUAUUUAUGAAAACCAAUUUAUUACAAAAACUUUCUAUUCCUCCAGUAACAAUGUUACAUUGUCUUAGAUGUAUUGAAUCCAGAUAUAAUCCCAGUGCUCCGUUUCAUAAUUCAAUUCAUGCCUUGGAUGUUCUACAUGCAACUUAUCAGCUAUUUCAAUGUAACAAUUUAAAGAAUAUCUUUAGUGAUCUUGAAAUGUUCGCUAUUUACUUUGCUUGCACAAUACACGAUAUCGAUCAUCCCGGUCUAACAAAUCAAUACUUGAUUAAUACAAAUCAUGAAUUAGCCCUAUUGUACAAUGAUAUCUCAGUUCUGGAAAACCAUCAUCUACACGUCGCCUUCAAAAUGAUCAGUACAGAGAAAGAAUGUGAUUUUACACAGUAUCUUACAAAUCAACAAAAGCAACUGUUUCGUAAAAUGGUAAUCAAUUUAGUUCUCUCAACAGAUAUGAGUAAGCACAUGUCUUUGCUGGCUGAUUUAAAAACUACUGUCGAAAAACAAAGAGCACUUCAAGGUAAUGUAAUUAGCUUGGACAGUUAUUCAGCCCGUAUGCAGAUAUUAGAAUGUGUUAUCCAUGCAGCUGAUUUAAGCAAUCCUACAAAACCAUUAGAAAUUUAUCAACAAUGGGUAUCAAGAAUUAUGGAGGAAAUGUUUCGUCAAGGGGAUCAAGAAAGAAAAUUCGGUAUUGAAAUUAGCCCAAUGUGUGAUAGAGAAACUGCAUGUAUUUAUAGUACACAAAUCGGUUUCAUUGACUACAUAGUUUAUCCAUUAUGGGAGACAAUGGCUGAACUAUUAUACCCAGGUGCACAAAUCCUCAUGGAGAAUAUAACCAAAAAUCGAAAUUGGUAUGCCAGCGCAAAAGAGAUUCAACUACAACAAGAACAAGAACAACAGCAACAACAAGAGCAACAUCAACAGCAAGCACUGUAACAAGACUAUAAGAAGAAAUGAUUUCAAAGAUCACGCGUGGGUAGGCGGGGGAGGCAAGAAACCCUACAAACUUUUAUUUUCAAAUUUUUCACUUUGUGUUUUCUACUUUCCAGUGACUGGCUAAAAAUGUCACAAUUUCCUUUGCAUCCCUACUGCCUACUCAUUGAUACUGCUACUAUUAUGAUUUCGAUCAAAAAUCUUGGGUAUCUUAUCCUAACUGAGAAUAACACAGUUGAUUACUUUCUGAAAUGUCACAGUAAAUAAUCAUUGUCACCAUACUUUUGGAAUAUUUCCUUUCAAUUUGUAAAAGGACAAGAGGGAGAGAACAGAAGCAUUUGUGCCAAAAUAAACAAUUGUCUCUCCCAUGUAUUCAUGCAUGCAUGCGUGCUUCAGCUCACUCUCUAUGACACGCCCGCCCGCUCCCUUGUUAUCUCUUCCUAAUAUCUUCAAAUAUCUUCAAGAAUGUGAUAAUAAUAAUAACGUAGUCUUGUAUAAUUAUGUACAUCUUUAUGUGUAUUCAUUAACAGACUGUUUUGUGUUCAUUGCAUGUCCUAUUGUUAUACAUACAUAUAUAUAUAUAUUUCCUUUGGUUCCGAGUGGAACCCCAAGGGCUUUAACAGAAUAUUUCCACUGUACUGAGUUCUCUGCAGUCCUGUCUUCUCUCUCUCUCUCUCUGUCUCUACGAUUUUCUACAAGCUGUCAUUUCCUCCUUACAUACACUGUAACGACAGAAGACAAGGGCCGGGAAACAGAUGGUUUGUUGAGAAAAUCAACAGAUAUUUAUUGAUUUUUAUAUACAUUAUUAUUAGCUUUAUUGUUAGCAGAGAAGCAACGUCUUCUGAUUGGUUGUUCUCUUACUGAAGGUUAUUUUGUCAUAUAUCUGUUGAUCGUAUCCACCCACGCA